AUGUGUUUCGACAAUUCUUGGCUGGCGGCCUCAUCUCGGGUCCAGCAGGACAGGAAUCAAGUAGACUCACAGAAAUUAGUCAGGCAAUGGGGUUCAGAGCUCUCCCUUAACCCAGACUCGAACCAAUUUUGGGCCUCGGAGGAAUCUGAUUAUAUCGAGGACGCUGAGCCUGAGCCUUCACCCCAUUCGUUCAUCGCAGAGGACUUACCAUGGGCGAAGCGCAUGCUGUCAUCUCACCGACGGGAGUCCGUGGACCUGACCAACAACCUCCCAGACGAUUGCUUGUCGCACAUCUUCUCCUUCCUUCCCAAUGCCAACGACCGCGGCUCGUGCGCUCUCGUCUGCCGCCGUUGGCUUCAGAUCCAGGGCCUUCUGGGCUGGAACGGUGCGGCUCCAUUCGCCAUAGGUCCUCUGGCGACGAAACCAGAGGCAAUCACCUCUGAUUCUGCAGAUUCCGAGAAGCAUUCUGCACCGAGUACCGCCGGUGACUUGUCGCGUUGUCUAGAGGGUCGCCAUGCCUCAGACACGCGGCUCCUUUCGAUGGCCAUCGGCCUGCCUAGCCGCGGCGGACUCAGCCGCUUAGUGGUUCGCGGGGAUCGCGUGACAGCGGUUCCGGCAAUCUCCACGCCGACGCGCCUCACCAAUCUUGGCUUCCAGGCAAUUGUCGGCGCGAGUCCCGGGCUGCUGUCGCUAACGCUCUGGAACUGCCCGUACGUCGACGACGAGGUGCUCCGGAUGCUCGCGUCUCGUUGCAAGGCUCUUCGCCGCCUCGAUAUAAUGAACUGUCCACGUGUCACCGACAAGGGCCUGUCCGCGAUCGCGCGUGGCUGCCACGAGCUCCUGAAUCUCAGCGUUUCCGGGUGCCCUCGCGCCUCGAACGCCUUCCUCGCCGCCAUGGCGUCCGGCUCGAAGCGGUUGGUGUCUCUAGCGCUCUCCGACUUACCCAUGGUGAAUGAGUAUGGAUUAAAGCUCAUGGGUUCUUUCUGCAAGGAACUGAAGCGGUUGCGACUGUCUGGGAAGAUUGGCCUAACAGACUCUGGUUUGAGGCUUGUGGGUGAACACGUGGCGGGCCUACAGUGGCUAAAGCUGUCGGAUUUACCUUUGUUGACAGAAGAGGGUUUCAGAGGACUUGGUCAGUCGAAAGGAUUCCAGAGCCUGCAGUCCGUCACGUUCGCCGGUUGUAAGCAGCUUACGAACACGGCUUUAAGGGCGGUCGUGGAGGGGUGUUCGAGUUUGAAAAGCCUCAGCUUGUCUAAGUGUCCCGCCGUCUCGUGCUGUGGGAUUAAGGACGCUCUCGACGCGGCUGGAUCACUCGAGUCUCUAACUCUUCACAAACUCUCCAAUCUUUCCUGUGCGCGGGGUUCUGAGGAGGCGGGACAGGUGCAGCAGCGGCAGCAGCAGCAGCAAGAAGGGGGGUGCAAGGGCGGGUGCUGCAUAUGGAGCGGAUCCUGCUCAAAGCUCACCAGUCUGUGCAUCAGCCACUGCGACGGCGUAGGUCGCCGGUGUCUCGAGAUGCUGGGUCGCAGCAACGCCAGCCUCCAGUCGCUCGAGCUGGCGGGUCUUCCUGGAGCAGAGGACAAGGGCGUCACUAGCCUAGUAGCAGGCUGCGGGGCGAAGCUUUCAAGCGUGGACCUGAGCGGCUGUUCCCAGAUCACAGACAAGGCCGUGGUUGCCAUUUCGCGCUGCUGUGGCAACUCUAUGAAAUCCUUGUCCCUGGAUGGGUGCUCCAAUGUGACUGACCGCAGUUUGAGAGCCAUAGCCUCGUCGUGCACAGCUCUUGAAGACUUGGACUUGUCCAUGUGCGGGAUCAGUGAUCGUGGACUGUCUGCCUUGGUCAGCAGCUUGGGGCCAUCGCUUCUCAAUCUAUCACUGGCUGGAUGCCAGGGAAUGACGGACAAGAGUCUGAAGAAGAUCAUGACUCAGUGCCAGAAGCUCACUGGACUCAACUUGAAAAAUUGCCCAGGCUUGACCAAGGAGGCCAUAAGGUCCAUUCAGCUGAGUUCUCACUGUCUCAGUGGGCCCAGCUGCCUAUUCGUCGAUGAUGCCUUGUAG